GACAGAGUCACAGGAAAGCAUAAAUAUAAUUUGCGUUUCCCCCAAGCAACCGCAAAACUACUUUCUCUUUUCGUUUUUCCUUCUUCUUAACGUCCUUCGGCCAUCCACGUUUGUUCGCCGCCUCUCUCUUCCUCUCUCCAGUGGACCCCACUUCGAUUAUCAUCUCUCCCCGAAAGAUUUGAAGCAAAUCCAUGGCGCUCUGCAAGCGGGUGCUUCAAACCGGUGCCGAAUCGGCGUUUCGCUUCUCCGGCUUCCGACGAAACUUCUAUGCGCCUUCCUCGACGGGCAACAGCGGAUACGGACUCAUAAGCAGGCAGAUUUCGCAGCUGGUCAAACCGAACGGAAACCGCGCGUUUCUUGUCGACACGCUGGCUCUGGUCAGGGGUUUGGAGGCCAAAGGCGUGCCGACGAAGCAGGCGGAGGCCAUCACAGCUGCGAUCACUGAAGUUCUGAACGAUAGCUUGGAGAAUGUAGCUCAUGCUUUUGUAUCUAAAUCCGAAAUGCAACAGGCUGUAAUGCUGCAAGAAUCAAACCUGUCAAAGUUCAAAUCCGAAGUACAGAGUUCACAGGAGCAUCAUUUUACAGUGUUGCAACGUGAAACUGAAAAACUUCGUGGUGACAUAGAGAAGAUGCGCAGUGAAUUGAGGUACGAGAUUGACAAAGUUACAGCAGGGCAGCGUUUGGAUUUAAAUCUUGAAAGAGGGCGCAUACGCGACGAGCUUGCCAAUCAAAAUGCAGAAACAACCAAUCUCACAAAUAAACUUGACCGAGAAAUUCAUGCAUUAAGAGCACAGGUGGAAACUGCAAAAUAUGAGGUGAUCAAAUAUUGCAUAGGUACCUUGGUCUCCAUAACUGCUGUUGGACUUGCUGUAGUUCGUAUUUUCGUAUAGGAUUGUAGGUACGUUGAUCAUCGAUGAGACACAGAAACUCGGAGGUCACUAUUCUUUUCAUGGCAAUGUGAUGCCUGUUACAGGGUUAUAUAGCCGAUACAGACGUAUGGUCAUGGGAAUUUGAUGUUAGAACGAACAAUUCAAAGUACUGUUACACAUGUUUACAGUUCCAAUGGUUAUAGCUAAUUUAAUUUUUAAUGGUA